ACUAAAAAAACCGGUCAAAAGACUUGGAUUCGUCUCUUUCCUUAAGAAGGAAAAAAGAGCCCUGCUCAUUUUUCUCACUCUAAAAAACCACCGCAAUCUCUCUCUAACUAUGUGAAAACGGUCUUCAUUUUUUAACUUCCCGGCGACGUUCUCCGACUUCCGAGAGCAGAAGGUUUUGAGGUGGUUUUAUGGAUCUAACCGGAGUGUCUUUGUGUGGUGCUUAGUAGUUUUCAGUCACACGCUUCAGUUAUGGGGAAUGCUUGUUGUGUUGCUGCUCGAGAUAAGAUGGUUGUGUCUAAUAUAUCGGCAGUCGAGAAUUUGCAAAGAAACAAUGUGAAUGCGAGGUAUUCUCCUAAUUGGAGCUUUCGAUGGGAUAAUAGAGGACGAGUGGCAGGUGAAGAGACCUCUGUCAGUUGGUUAUCUGAUGGGAUUAGUCGUAACGAUGUGUCUGAUGUCAAAUCGGAAUCUGCUUUUGUAUCAUCACAAGGGUCUCCUUUGGACAAUUUUCAGACGCAGUCAUGGCAGAAAUCUCCUUCUUCAGAUCAAUCUUUUGCUUCCAUUGGCACCGUCUCUGAACAGAUCACCCAAAAAACAAAUGAUUCAACCGACCCUGCUUAUUAUCCAUCUCCUGCAAAACUGUCUCUUUCAUUGGCUUCUCAACCAUCAUCAUUCUCAGCGUCACCACUAUCAUCCCAGAGCCACUUGCCAAUGCCACCUGCAAGUUCAUCGCAGUUGAAGCUGACACCGCCCCCUCGUCUAUCAAAGCAAGUCUCAGAUGGUCGAAUCUUUGGAUUCACCUCACCGAGUAGAAGCUCAGCAACUGAAGAGAGGCUGGGGAAUGAAUCUCAGUCUGAUGGUUGGUCCAUGCAAGCCUUUUCCGAAAUGAUGGCGUAUUCUCGCAGAGAGUCUUGCUCUUACGAUAACGAGUGCUUUGGGAUUCGUCGUGACAAGAUAGACAAUCAUGGAAAUAGAAAGUCCAAUGAUCAGCAAAACUGUGGUGCUUGCUCGAGAUCCUUGUCUGAGAAAUCUUUGUUGAGUAGCCAAAAGAUCUUUGCCACUAACGAACUCUCUAUCGCUGCAAUAUUAGCUUGUGGGCACGUCUAUCAUUCAGAGUGUUUAGAGCAGAUGACACCUGAAAUCGACAAAUUCGACCCUCCUUAUCCCAUCUGCACACUGGGUGAGAAGAAAACAUUCAAACUGUCGGAAAAAGCAUUAAAGGCAGAUUUGGAAAUGAAAGCUAGACACAACAAGAGACUAAGAAACCGCGUUGUGGACAGCGAUGACUUUGUCAUGUUUAAUAACAACCACAAAGCGGCAGCAACAGUAGCAGGAUACAAAGGUAAAGCCCCAAAGCUGAUAUCGAGUUCAAGCUUGAGAAGCUAUUCCCCAAAGCCUUUCCUUGCGAGACACUUCUCUUUCGGGUCCAGAAGUAGUAGUGUUAAAAUCACGAAAGAGAAUCAUUCCGCAAGCUCUCUCAGAAAGAAAGGCUUCUUUUGGACCAAAUCUAGCAAACUUUGAAACUAUUCUGGGUGCUUGUUUCUCUUCGUAAGCUAGGGCCGAAGUCAACGUUACGUUUACUUAUCAACGAACGGUACACACGUUUGUGUGUAUUACAGAAAAUUUUCUCACAAGUCUCCCAUUUUUUUUUUUGCAUUCCCAAUUACACUUGUAAAUAUAUAUUUAUAAUAAUAUAAGGUAAAAUGAUCUGACAGUGCACCAGAGGAUGUGAAUUGGGUUAAUCAGAUCGAGAUAAUUAUAUUAUGUCUUUUUUCAUGCGGAA